AUGUUGGUGUACGACAGCGGCUGUGGAGCUAUUUCGACAAUGGUUGAUCGAGCCGACAGUAGAGUGGGAGGAGGAAUAAGAGGCAGCGGCGAGAUACUGAAAAGCGUCGAUGGAAAAAAUCAACUGUUGAGGAAAGGUAACCACCUACUCAAAUCGAUCCACAUUGAAAGAAGAAAUCUAUGGAAAUCGAAGUAUAAGCUUGCAAAGAAAACAGCUCAGAAAGGCGUGUCUGGUAAAGAUUGGUGUUGCUGUGAAUUUGAGGUUUUAUUGGAAACUCAUAUAUCUCUGUACAAAGUUAUUUUCAUUGAGGUGCUCAAACUGCUUGCAUUCCCAAAAAAUUAA